AUGGAGAGACAAAGCAAGAAAGGAAUACCCUGGGUAAAACGAAUUGACAUGAUGCCAUUAGAUGUGUCAGAAUCAGUGAGGAAAAUUCCAGACCUAUUACCUCCUGGUGUAGUUAACAACUCAUCUAAACUUGUGCUGGUGAAUGCCAUCUAUUUCAUGGGGAAGUGGAAGAACAUAUUUAACAAAAACGAAGCAGAGGAAGACCAAUUCCAUUUGAAUAAAAAAGAUAAAAAAAUGGUGAAGAUGAUGUGUCAGAAGAAGACAUAUCCAUACGGCUAUAUCGAUGAAGUAAAGUGCUAUGUGUUAGUACUGCCUUAUAAAGACAACGACCUCAGCAUGGUCAUCCUGCUGCCACAUGACAUUGAAGAUGACUCCACAGGUCUGAAGAAGAUUGAGGAACAGUUGACUUUGGAUAAACUGGAUGAAUGGACCAAUUCUGAUAAUUUGAAGCCAAUUCAAAUCAAAGUCAGCUUGCCUAGGUUCAAGCUUGAAGAGAGGUAUAAUCUCAACUCCCACCUGGCCCGCCUGGAUGUGCAGGAUAUAUUUAAUCCUAGUAAGGCAGAUCUGUCUGGCAUAUCAGGAGCCACAGAUCUUUUUAUAUCAGAUGUUGUUCAUCAAUCCUUUGUGGAAGUAAAUGAAGGAGGUACAGAGGCUGCAGCUGCCACAAGAACGUCUAUUUCACAAGACUCUACUGUGAUGUAUUUCAGGCAUUUCAAUGCCAACCAUCCAUUCCUUUUCUUUAUCAAACACAAUGCCUCCAAAUGCAUCCUCUUUUUUGGCCGAUUUGCUUCUCCUUAG